AUGGAAGCAAGCAUAAUAGAGUUGGACUAUGUUCCUAUUAAAUCGAAACGACAAUGGAAUAGCUUAUUGGAGUCUAAAGAGAAUCCGCUAUUGAACAUCAAUAUGGAACAUAUGGCUACUACACCUAACAUAGAUAAAGGUAAUGUUGAUAGAAUGAAGAAUUUCAACAUUAUGUUUCGUGAACUUGAGAACACGUUAUAUAAGCUUUAUAGACUAACUUGGCAGAGGCAUCAUCUGGAAGCAUGUCUUCAUUUUAAGCUGAUCCCUAGAGGCAUGAGAGUACUAGUCAUGCCUUCCUAUGGUGAAACUUAUCCCGAGCUAUUACGGAAAUGGCAACAAUUGAAUCUCGACUUGGGGUUCAGUUAUAUAAAGCUCUUGAUUGAGCACUUUUUACCUAUUGAGAAGGAGCUCCAUCUACAAGCUGAAUCCUUGAGCAAAGACAUUUCCACUACUUUUAAGGAGGAAAGUUUCCAGCAAAGGUUGGACAGUAUGUUCACUCAAGUGUUCGCUUAUGGUGAUAAGCUACAGCAAUUGAAAACACGUAAAUUGCAUAGGGAUCAUAAUGACUUUGCAAAUAAUAAUGUAUUUUCUUGGCCUAAAUAUAAUGAAAAUAGGAACAAAGAACAUGCUGUUCCUUCUAUAGACAUGAGUUCCAGUCAAGGACUCUCCCUUAACCAGAGCUAUGCCUCAACAGUAAUGAAUGUAAGUUCCACCUUAAGUGAAACAGCUGCUACAUCGACGUUACCUUCGGCGUCCCCUUCCUUGAUGCAUAUUCAUAAUAACAUUAUCAGAGACACUCCUCCUUGUAAUCAGCAAGCGCUGGUUCAGAAAGAUGAAAAUCUGCGAGGAGCUAAACCAAAAGUUAAACAUGGCAACAUUGAAGGUUUUUUACCUCUUCCGCUGAAAUUUCGGCGGAACUUUCAAAGCAGGUCAAGAAGCAGAGGUCGCACCAAAAGGAAGUUCUCAGGGGAAGAAAUAAGAGCAGAUUCCCAGCAGCUUGAUGAAGUAUGGUUGAGCACAUCAGAAAAAUGGAAUGAAACUGAUAACCUGAAGGAGGAAGCAAUUGACACAUCAGACACCUCAUCAACACAAGAGCCAUAUGAUAUAAUACAAAGCCCUGUACAGGGAAACUAUAAGACUUCCACAAGCUCCUUAAAUGACAAUGAGCAGGUAACCACAGAAAACUGUAGUAGAGGCUCAAAUGAAAGUGUCUCUACAAAUGACACAAUAACAACUACUGAGAAUGAGCAUGCUGAUAGCCUAAGCAUUUCUUUGGUUUCCUGGGUGAACAUGCUAUCAGAUAAUAAAAGUGUACAACAGAAACAAAGACAAUCCGUCUUCAGCAAAAAGCCAACAAAAAGCAAGCAUGUCAGUGAUUCCUCACAGCAUUAUGACUCUACAUAUUGGAGGGGACAGAGCCAUCUGAUGAGUGCUUCUUCUUAUCCUAGAAUGAACAUGGAGACUUCAUUGGGGGUGUCAUCAGCUGAAGAAUUACAUAGGCCUAAGUAUAGCAAGCAAAAUCGUCAUUCAGAUCAGGAAACCCCAGUAAGAAAAGGACUGAUGCCUGGUGAAGAUAAUCCUUCAUCAAAUGUUCUGGGAGCUCUUUCAGAAGAUGUUUGUUCCCUCACAGGAUAUCAAUGUGACAGCACUUGUCAAUGUAUUCCAGUCUGCUUGUGUGGCAGAUGUGAGUCAUUGUUUUCCAAGCAAAACUAUUGCCAGCCAAGAUAUGCAUUGCUGCAGUAUGAGAACACAUGUGCUUGUGUAUCAAAGAAGGAAAAGGAAGACACAAUGAGGACUCUUGUUAAUCUGCAACGAAGAGCUGAAAGGUGGCGUGAAAGGGAGAGAAAGCGACAAAUGUUCCGAGUUCAGGAACGCUUGUCCAUUGCUAGAAAUAGAAGAUCUGCAGAAGAUUUCCUUGGAUACAAACAGAAUGAUGGCUACAGGCAUCUCAUAGAAACUCUAAAAAAAGAAGACAGAGGCUUUCAGAAAACAAGAGUGAAAGAAAGGCUGGAAAAGGUGAAGAGGGAGCGAACUUCAGUAAUGCAGUCUAAGAGACAGAGAAAUGUUAAAUAUGUUGUUUAA